GGAGUGCCGGAGCCGCUGUGAUUUCUUCCGGGUUCCUCGCGCAGUUUGUUUUGUUUGGGCUCCACAUGACACAAAGUCACUCUGUGUGGCUGUAGCUGCUGUUUCGUGUCGGCUUGGCUGAAAACAAAAUGUCCUGUGAGGUUUUAAACGAGAGUUGAGCUCGGUGACAGCGGACGAGUGACUCCUCCGUGACUCCAUCCCGACCUGAGACACCUGUUGCUCCAGUUUCGACACACACACAGCUGCCAUGAAGGUGACAGUAACUUUCGGGGGCACCGCGGUGGUGGUGCCCUGUAAAGAUGGGUGGACCGUCCGGGUGUUAGUCGACCAAGCCACGCGGAGAUACCUCAGGAUUCUGGAGCAGUAUGGGGAGAGUUCAGUGAAGACCCACCAUCUGGAGUACAUUGAAGGAGGCAUCCUGGACAUGGACGACCUGCUGAGUGAUCUAGUGGAAGACAGAGACAAGCUGGUGGCAGUGUUUGACGUCCAGCACGACAGGACAGACAGUCCAAGAGAGACCAUGUCCAAUGGUUACUCCAGUGCCGCCCCCAGCCCUGAACCCCUCCACUACUAUCCCCACCUGGAGUUCCAGGAGCCGGGCACAGGAGAGAUCGAAGUCAACGAGGCCAUCCUCAAACGCAACACACCUCUGUUGGUGAGGAGCAGCAGUGACCCAGCCUUGGCCCCGUCCCUUGAGAUCAGACCCACGGCCUCACCUGAUGACAAUGGCAACAGGUCUCCUGAGCUGGAAAUCAACCAUGUACUGAAAGGCGCUUUGGACCGCCUGCGCACAGACAACCCCCCCGCCAAGAUGAGCCAAGUAAACUUUAGCACCCUGACACGCUCAGUGGAGUUUCCAGGUGACUGGGGACCCCUGGGAAUCCAUGUGAUCCCCUACUGCUCCUCUCUCAGUGGACGGACCCUGGGCCUGCACGUUAAAGGCAUCGAGGAAAACAGCCGCUCCAUGAAUGAGAAUCUCUUCCAGCAGGAUGAGUGUAUCGUCCAAAUCAAUGACACACCACUUCAGGACAAGACUUUCGCACAGUCACAGGAUGUGUUCCGCCAGGCCAUGACCUGCCCCACUGUGCGUCUGGAGGUCCUCCCCGUGGGCAACAAGCUGCGCUACGAGAAGAGCUUCAUAGGUCAGCUCUUCACCGGCGACGGCAAAGACUUGACCGCAAAAACAAAGAGUCCAAUGGUGGUCCGUGCUAAAACUGACCCCCAGCCUGAACCUAAACAAGACACCAAAACCACCGGCAAACUCGAAGUGAGGCGACCAGACGUGCGUGCCAGGACCCCAGAGCCAGCUGCCCUGAACACGCCGCCAGCGGAGCUCCAGUCUGGGCACAGCUCCUUGGAGAGAGUCUCUCCGACACCUCUUGCCAGGGCGGCAAGCUCCUCCCCGACACCCAGGACCCGCAGCCAGAGCCCCCAGGCCAGUAGGAGCCCUGUGCCCGGCCUGGCCAACCUUACAAGCAGGAAGGGAGGCAAGAAGAUAAAAAUUGACCUGAAGAAAGGCACAGAGGGUCUUGGCUUCACCGUGGUAACGCGGGACUCCUCGGUCCACGGGCCAGGGCCAAUCCUGGUGAAGAACAUCCUGCCACGUGGCGCGGCAGUCAAAGAUGGCCGCCUGCAGCCUGGAGACCGCAUCCUGGAGGUGAACGGAAUAGACAUGACAGGCCGUAGCCAGGAGGAACUCGUGGCCAUGCUGCGCAGCACCAGGCAGGGAGAGAGCGUGUGUGUGGUGGUGGCACGGCAGGAGGACAUCUUCUUGCCUCGGGAACUGAAAGGCGAAGAGGACGGCAGCCUGGUGAUGGAGGACGGCAGGGAGCAGCUCAUGUACGAGAUCCCCCUCAAUGAAUCGGGCUCGGCAGGCCUCGGGGUCAGCCUGAAGGGCAACAAGUCCAGAGAGACCGGAGAGGACUUGGGCAUCUUCAUCAAGUCCAUCAUCCAUGGAGGGGCUGCUUAUAAGGACGGCCGGUUGAGCGUCAAUGACCAGAUGAUAGCAGUAAACGGCGAGUCGCUGCUCGGACGCUCCAACCACACCGCCAUGGAGACGCUGAGACGCUCCAUGUCAUCGGAGGGGAACGCCAGGGGCACCAUCCAGCUGGUGGUGCUGCGAGCACCCAAACAGAUGAGCAGUGCCAACCCCACAGCAAACACGGCCACAAAUGGGUCCGCCACCCAUCAGCCCAGCAGCCACGCCGGCUACAGCAAUCAGGAGCCACGGGGCCACGGUGCAUACCAGGGGCCCUCAGGACCCCCCAGACCCACGGAGCCCACCAUGAAUGGAAGUCACGCUCCGAUGACGAGCAACAACUACGCGUACAGCCACUCUGGAAGUGCUCCAUAUCCCGCUGUGACCGCCAACGGCAGCCACGGUCACUACGGCAACGGCAAUGAGGUGUUUGAGGAAGGCUUCCCCCCGCCACCCUCCCCAGGCGCUGUGGAGGAAAUGAAUAGAGACUUGCCACUAACUCCCCUACGCCACAGUGAAUUUGAGAAGCAGCCCUACCUGGCUGCGGCUUUCAACGACAAGGACAAUGUUCCUCGCAACAGAGCGUCCAAGAGCAUGGACCUGGUGGCUGACGAGAGCAACGUGGGAUCACUGGUCAGGCAGAGCAACGAGCCUUCAGACGACGGAGCACUUGGCCCGACCCUGGGCCUCAUGAAGUCCAGCUCGCUCGAGAGUCUCCAGACGGCCAUGUCGGAGGCCAAGCAGAGUCGCAGCCAAGCCCAGGUGCCCUUUCACCGCCCGCGGCCACACAUGGUCCGAGGGCGCGGGUGCAACCAGAGUUUCCGCAUCGCCAUCGACAAGUCCUACGAUGGACCUUCUGAAGAUGACGAUGACCUGUCGGAGCAGAGCUCCGGCCACGAAACGCCCGUCAGCAGCUCCUCUCGCCAGGGCCUGGACGCAGAGGAUGGAAAGAAGAAGAAGAAAGUCAAAGGGAAGAAGAAAGAAAAGAAGACUAAGGGGAAGAAGAAAGCCGGCGAAUCUGUGGAUGAUCCAGAGAAGAAGACCAAAAAGAGAGGAUUUGGCCUCUUAAGGUUUGGGAAGAAGAAAGACGACAAGAGCAAAGAUGCAGCCAAAGCCUCCAAGAACAAACUGGAAGCCCUAAGUGAAGAGGAGGACAGGGUCACUGACCAAAGAGAUAGCUACUAUCCGCAAUACACCGAGAUCCAGGCUGGCCACCUCACACCUGAGUCAGCCUCCUUCCCUGAUGUGGAAGAUGACGACAGCGACCCCAACUAUGCCCGCAUCAACAACUUCCGCCAGCCGCCCUCGCCCCAGCCAUUUAUCAGUCGCACACCCUCUCCCGCGGCGCUGACAGGGGGGGCUAACCCGCCUCAGGCCUCCUCCGAGGAGCUGGAUGGGCUCUACGCUAAGGUCAACAAGUCCAGACCCCCGCCUGCUCUGCAGAACCAGCAUCAAACACAGGCAGACAGUGAUCAGCGUCUCCAGGGGCUGCGAAGGGAGUACCAGCAGGCCCGAGCCGCUCCAGGCUACGACGAGCUAGACGCCGCACGCCGCAGAGUCCUGGAGCACGACCCACAGCGGGUGGCGCCCAGAGGUGCUGAAUCUCGAUCCGCGCCUCACUACGAAGAGGUGGACCGACAAUACCCCACACACCCCAGGAGGGAUCCGUAUGAUUACCCCACCCACUCCAGACCCGUGCCAAGAGAACCAGCCCCCUACCCCGGCCACUACCACGACCCUCCUGCCUCCAGCCGCCCUGGCCAUGUGCAACCUCCCCAGAUGGGCGCACAAUCCUAUCAGGCACCCAGCAACCAACGCUACCACCCGUCAUCCCCCGGCGCAGGACAGCAGCACCGCGCAGCAGCGAGGCAGGACGUCCCCCCUUCGCCCACUGCAGGCCGCAGAGGGCGGCACUACUACGAAGCCGCCGGAGGGCGGGUGGAGGUCUACCGGCAGGCUAGCCCUGGCCGCUACGCCAGCCCAGAGAGGUACCGUGACACCAGGGAACGCUACGCCAGCCCCGAGCGCUACGGCUACGGAGACGAAAGACAGCCUGACCCAAGGCGGAAGAACCCCAUGAUAGGUGCAGUGUAGAAGGUACUCCUCAGUCACAGACUCCUCUCAUCUCACCUCCAAAAGUCGAGUCAGUCAUACAAAGAAUAUAAAUACCUCCAAAUUCACGUGUUUCCAGAUUUGUGAAACAUAAUAUCAGCUGUCACCGAAGCUGCCAAUGCGAAUAAGUGAGAUUUUGCUAUAUUAAUUUAUCUGAUCAGGAACCCUGAAAGCAAUAAGUGACAAGCUGGGAGGCUAAAAUAAGGCUUAUUUUCAGAACCAUCUGGUCAUAACUCUCUCCACAGGCCAAGACAGAUUUAACAAGCGUGAAAGACUCUGUGUGUGUGAGUGUGUGUACGCGCGUGUGUGUGUGUGUGUGUGUGUGUGUGUGUGUGUGUGUACAUAUCUAUACAUGUUUGCUUGUGUAUAUUUACAAGUGUGCUGUUUAUAUCAACAGGAAGUUAUUUUGAUAGAUUUUAUAUUGUUGAAUUGAAAUUAAUGUCGAUUAAAUUAAUGACACAGAUAUUUAGAGUUAACUUGUUGUAUAGAAUGAAGUCUUUUCCAGCAUUUUGCACAAGCUGAUCAAACUGAAGGAAAUAAAGAGGGAUCACCUUGACCAGGCAGACCAGGAGACACAGGAAGUUGAAGUCGACAAACAGGAAAAAGGAAGUAACUCUUCAAAGUAUCCUCUUGUCCUUGAUGUUUUUGUCUCUUGAACUUCCUUUACAUCCUGCUACCACUUUUUGUAUUUCUGCCUUUUGUUUUAUUUGGAUGUGGACAUGAAUGAUGCAUUUACUGUACAUUUGUCAAAUGUGUAACUGCAGUGAGUUUGUGAUAUUUUUGUGGUGUUUCUAAUAAAAUGUAUAAAUCUUGACCCACACACAGGCUACAGUAUAUAAAGAGCUAACAAAGGGUUUAAUUAAACAUAUCACUGCACUGAAAACUUACUAAAUGUGUUACUGGUGGUUUGAUUCAAACAUGCUGUCAAAUAAAUGCAUGAUUUUUUUAUACAAAUAUUUUGCAUUAAAUAUUUUGGAAUUCUC